AUGGAGAUAUCUGCCAUUAUCAAAAUGGUGCUGGACAGUUUAAAUGGACGAUUAAUAGAGGAUCAACACCCAGUAGUAGUACCGGACCAAGCUCUGACGUCAGCGGCACAGGUAAACUGUUAUAAAAAUAGGUCCAUUAGCUAGAAACAGUGAAAGAUAUGAUUACGAUUAGAUUUUUUAACAUUGGCUUUGGACAUUUGCGACAAAUAACAAUUAGGUUUGAGUAGGAUCUUAACAAUAACUCUUCUAUUUGUUAGCACUAAAAAUAACGUCGUUAGAUUAUUGAACUGUCCGCGUUUUGCUCAUCCUAUCCGAAAUAGAUAAGAAAACUUAAACCUUUUGAGUAAAGGUUCCUCAUCUGCAAAUUAGUUCACAUUUCUUUUUUUUGCAAGUAACUUGGACAAAAGCUCUGCUGAUUAUUGCAGCAUAGUGCCUACACAGACGCCAUGCAGAUUAUUUAGACAAAAAGUAUUAAUUCUAGAUUAAUGCACGCCACUCACGCUCACGUUGUAAGAUGCUUACCUCUGAAAGAAUGGGCAACAUAGCCGGAUAUUUCACGUAACGCGAUUUCAGUUGAUUCAAGAACAACUUUGUGACGUUGCAGUUAAUAUUGUUUUGAUCAAUAAAUUUUUUUCCCAACUUUUUAAUAAAGGUUUUUAUGUAUUCAUCGAAACUUCAAGUCCACGACAGUUUGGUGAUAAUGCUACAAUCCUCACACCUUAUUUGAACGGCCCACAAUGCAUGAAAUUUUCUUACCAUAUGUACGGUAAUGGUAUUGGAGACUUGAACAUCUACGCGAAUAAGCAAAAGAUGUUUUCAAAAUCAGGAAAUUAAGGAAACCGUUGGGUCGGUGUGGAAACACCAAUCCUAGAACUUGGAAAAUAUAUGGUGAGUAAAGAUCGCAGAAUUUCAGAUGCGCUGAAAAUAGCAGACUAUUUUAAGGAAAAAAAACUUUCUUUUCAAAAUGAGAAGGAAGAGGAUCCUGAGCAAACUUCGUUACGAACCUUGCUCAUUUUUUACAGGUGUCUGAAUACAAAAUAGCUUUUCACAUAACCCGAGAGGAUAUUCCAACGCUCUUGGUGACAAAAAAUCGUUCUUAUUUCGUUGUCAAGAGCAAAAAAAACCCUGAAUUUUCAAUUUCUUGUAUAAAUAUUUAAGGUUAAGUUCGAAGGUGUUCGCGGUCGUAAUUUCCAAGGGGAUAUUGCAAUCGAUGCUAUCAGCUUCACUCCUGGAAAAUGCGCAUUCCAAACACCAAACCCAUCAACAUCUCGUCCAACAACUACAACAAUAGGACCAACAAACCCUACGACACAAGCAGGUACUGUAAUGGUCUACCACUUUUACCAUUUUUUGUUAAUACAACCAAGUCAUUAUAUAUUAUACAGCAAUGAUGAUAACAUGUCUUGGUUGCGUUCCACUGCCGGCCAUUCAUUUCCCAAGGUCUGUAUACCGACUUACUGCGACGUACAAUACCUUUUAAUAGGACUUUGCCUUGAAUUUGAAUUUUGAUAGAAAUUUCUAUUUAAUAACGUGGUCUAACACAAAACAAAACUUUUUUCAAGUUUUUCAACAAUGUGAAGAUUUUAUUAUAUUUUAUUAUGUUGCAUACUAUUACCCAUCUCCAAAAACGUAACUUUACUGAAUGUUGUUGCCAUGGGAAUGAAGAUAUCGGACUCCCAGCAGAGAAAAUAGUGUAUUUUUCAAAACAAAUAAUUAAGAAAUUAAGAACUAUUUAAGGUUCCAAAAACCUUUCAUAUAUCACUUAGAUCAAUAGCUAGGAGGUGAACUAAAAUUAUUUGGCUACUGCAAGAGUAACCUCGUUCCCAGGGCCUUUUUUUUAAAUGCAGCGAAGGGAACGGCCCUGUCACCGGCUGGUCUUUUAUGUAUUCUGAUUGGUCAAUGACAGGUACAUUAUUAUGCAAUCCUGGAAUAAUUUAUACACACUAUGAGAUAAAUUAACAUUUUCCUGCAAUGAAUGUGCAUUAUUGCUUUGUCUGUCUGCAGAGAAAUAUUUUUUGCGUGGAAAAAAGGUUAAAUUCGAUAAGAUUGACACACGAUUUGUCGAAGGUUAGCAUUAUUGUUUGUUUUAAAUUUUGAAAGAACAUGAAUUGUGUACUACAACACACCUCUGACCGAUUAUUUAGGGAAAAAUGUGCCUUCAUUUAAUGGCGUCGUAUAUCGUUAUUGUUCUGCACAAAUACUUUCUUGUAUACUCUGGGUUUAUAAAUAUGACCUUUAGUAUUAUUGCUAAUAAUAUUUCAGAAAAUCCUGCCUCUCGGGCAUGUCUAUACUGAUUUGUUAGAAAGAGUGGAGGUUUUCCAGAGGUGGUGCGUUACUACAGGCGUCAGGGGGAUGUCUCCCUGAAAAUCAAUCAUUUCAAUAUAUAAUAAGUAGUAUUCAUCACUCAAAUAUGGACUACCAGAGUUUUCUUCAAGGGGAUGCUGGACACAACUGGGCAGUGCACACAGCACCCCUGCACUGCACCGGUACAUCCCCGCUGUUCCCGGUCAUUCAUGCUUCAUUUUGAAGCAAAUGACAUCUGUGAUCAGGGCUGGGUCAGAAUCAAACUCAUGCGAACAGCUUCUAAGUCCUAAUCGUAUUGCUAAUUAUGUACACAUUUUAUUGAAUAAAACGUAAUUAUAUACAUUGUUUUGUUGUUUAUAUUAACACCUUGUACUUGGACAGUGUACCCAUUCAAAGCCAAAGACAUUUAAGAAACAAUUAUCGAGGAUUUUGCACGAUAAAAAUAUAUUUACAAAUAAGUGCUCUCCAUGGUUCAAUUCUUGAAUUUACCAAGUAAACCCCUUCUCAAUUAGAACUCACUUGAAGUGACUGGGGCAAGGUAGCUAUAAGUAUAAGGAGGGAUAUAAAAGUCAAUUAAAAUUUCCAAAUAGAGCAUUUCGAAUAGACCAUUGUGAAAGUUUUAUUAAUUGUUUAACCCUUUGUUGUGGCAAUGCAUGUGCUCUACUUUAGGCAUCUAAUGCCAGAUGAUUUUACUCGUCAAGGGGAGAAUGCUGCCACUCAAUGAAUUAAUAUAUUCUCAGAACAGUUACCAUCAAAUUAAAUAGAUUUUGCUGGUGAAAUAUCCCAUUUUAUGGACUAUUCAUUAUUUAUACACUAGGGUAGAGUGGGAAAAAAGGAAGGUGUCGUUGAUUUGUUGAUUUGUGAAUGUUAGUGGAGUGGGGGGGGGGAGUGAUUGUUGUAAAAAACUGAAUAGUAACUGGUUUCAAAAAAUAUUUGACUGCAUAUUAGUUGCCAAAUGACAUGAAAUUACAUUGAUAUUAUUAAAACACUAUAAAUAUGAAAUUAGGAGAAGAAUUGUUGUAAUAGAAAUAUAAUUUUAAGACAAAUCAUCUAAAGGAAGCAAUCAUUCUAGCUAUUAUAGUAUAUGUUACAAAAUUUAUUCUCUUCAUAUUCGGGCAUUCACAUUUAUAUAGUCUCAAAUAUUUAGGGGGUCUCCAUUAAUAAAGAGAUUAAAAAAGACAGCCCCAUGACAUUUUGACAUUAGAAUCUCCCACCCCACCCUAGGGUAUAAUGAAUGGUCGCAAAAGUACAUGCCAUCUUGCUAACUCUUACUGGCUGACCAACUUGCUGCUUUUAUGCAAAAUCAAUUCUCUUACUUUAUCCCUGGGAACAAAAAUUCAAAUCAACUCUACAUUCUGAUAAGGCUGAUAAUGUGCAGAUGGUAACAGGAAGAAUUGAAGCAUGCAAGCAGCAAGCUUUACUGGGGUACAUACUAUUCGAAGCACAAUUUGCACAUGCUAAUUUGCCAGUCAUGAUUUUAAACGUAAUAUUUCUUGUCUGAUAUAAAAUUCUUAAGGUCUUGCUUACAUUUUACUGGAAGCAAACCAAGAUGCAUGUCUAUUAAAAAUCUGUUUUGGGUCAUAUCACUCAUAUGUCAGCUUUGCAGUUUCAACAACAUUUGGCUGCGAAUAAAACGUAAACUGAAGGAAAGGGCAUACAUGCAGCACUUCGUCUGUAUUUAAAAUAUCAAUGAAUAGAUAUUCCAACCAUUCGCAGUUAUCACUGUAUAUUCUUCAUAAACUCGCUCCAACACGCCAGAGUCUUCGAAAGGGUAAACACCACGUUUAAUUGACAUACCCAGUUCAAAACACUUUCCGUGUCCUCUUAGGCAAGCCUGUCCAGCUGGAGAACAUCUGUCGAAAUACUAAAUCUAUUUUUCGCAUAUUUCAGCUGUUAAUUUUGUUUAAUAACGAACGAACGAAGUUGGAAGAACGGCAACUACAUAGUUCCCGUGUAAUAAAAGCUGAAGAAUUUGAUUUGGAAUAAGUGUCUAGCAAAAAGAAGGAAAAAUUUCCGCGAAUAAACGCAUUUUAAGCCGCUCUGAACGCUUAAAUUUUGUGGACACUCUUACAUUGGUGGCUAUCUUGGAUUUUCAUUUCGCAUAUUUAAUUUUAUCGUUAAUUUAUUUAAAACCACGAUUCGUGAUUUUGAAAGCCAGCCGGUCCCAGAGUCUUUUCCCUACGCCGCAUUUUUAAAAAAGGCCCUGGAAACGAGGUUGCUGCAAAAGGCGUGGCGAUAAAUUUGUGUCCAUAAGUGUAUCAAAUUACAACAACGGCGAUUUCUUCAUAAAAAUGUAACUGGUUAACACUAUCCUAGUUCACCUUCUAUAGAAUGAUACAAACUAUUCUAAAAAUUUCAGACCAAUAGCAACUAUUAACAAGAAUACAUUACAAGAUAUCAUGUUUUGAGUAUCAUGAUACGGGUAAAAUUUGCAAGCAUUUGAAAAAGCAGGAUCGAAAAAUUAGUUGUGGUUCAUAAGAUAUAAAUAGGUGUCAACAAACUGAAUUUUAUCCAAAAUAUCACAAAAAUGCUCCCGGUUUGUAAAAAGUAACCCCCUCCUGUUUCUGUUUAUCACCCUUCUUCUUCUUCAAGCCACACAACACAUUUCUUUGCAUUUUGUUGUCAUCCCUUGCCUUACACGACUAGAGUAGUAGUUUCGUGGUCGUGCAAUUUUACAAUCACAGCCGUGAUUUCACAUUAAAUUGCACUUCACAGAGUUCAAUUAUCAUUAUUAGUCACAUUAAAUAACCUUACUUAUCAAGAAAUUUGAUAUACAAGUAUUAGUUAAGCACAAAUAAUAAAAAUAUGAAUGUCCCAAUUAAAAAAAAUGAAUACUUCAGACCCCGGAAUAUCAAUAGGAAAUUGUCCAAUGUUUGUCCUACCACAGAAGAUAUCAAAAUGAUUUCAUUGUUACUACCUGGUACAGAUAAAAAUUUAUACAAACUUUUCAAAAAUUCGAAUUCUUUAUUAUAAUUUAUACUGUAACAGAUUUGGAUCCAGUAACAGCCAAACAUCUAAAAAGUGAGACUUGAAAACAUCAGGAAAACAAACCAUAGCAUGAAAACAUCUUAAAAAUCCAUGAUACAGACUAAGGCAAGAUGUACGCUUAGCAAUUAAACCAAUUAAAUUUUGUUGUACUUGUUUCUUCUGUAUUUUAGUUUUUUGAAGAUAUUUUCAUGUUUUAGUUUUAAAAACAUAUUUAAGGAUUUAUUUUAAGCAGUAGAUUGCUACAAUAUUUUUUCCAAAAUAUAUCCGCUGGCUUAUUAUAAACCGUAUAAUUUGGUCUUCGUUUUGUAACAAAAGACAUUUAAUCCAGUUUUUUUUACAGAUACACAGCGUGUAUGCGUACAUUUCCCCAACGAUGAAUUACACAGUUGAUAGUUGGGAUAUAAAUGAUGCUAGGGUUGCUUGCUUACAACUUGGAUAUUACGUAUACGAUGGCAUUAAAGCUCUGGGAGGGAGCGAUGUUCCUGAUGGAACUGGACGGAUAUGGCUAGAUAAUGUCGCUUGCACUGGAAGUGAAGAAAAUUUAAGCAAUUGUCCUCAUAAUGGAUGGGGAAGUCAUGAUUGUAGGCACAAUGAAGACGCAGGAGUCGAAUCUCCGUUAGUAGGUAAUAAUGGGAUUAUUUUCAGUGUCAAAAGCCUUAGAGAUAGAAGUGAUACUAAAUAUGAUUUAUCGGGCACGCAUCACCUGACUUUGGCAUAA